AUGGCGUCUGAUGACGAACCUGAGCAGUCCAAUGCGAUGGUCGAUGGAGUGGUAGCGACGUUUAUACAGCCGGCCGAUUGUCUUUUCGACCGGUGGUUUCCGACGUCCGUUGAUCCACGCAAAGCGACAUGCCGCUACUUCGUUCUUGCACUGAUAUGCUUCCUCAAUUUUGGCAACUAUAUGGUUUAUGACACGCCUGCAGCUCUGUCGGACAACAUAGUUCAGGACAUGGAAGUCUCUUCCAGCUCCUACAAUUUGUUGUACGAUAUUUAUUCUUGGCCGAACGUCAUUCUUGCGUUCUUCGCCGGAGUUCUGAUUGACAAUGUAUGUGGUAUACGACUGGGCGGUGUCAUAUUCUCCUUCAUUGUGAUGAGUGCACAGAUCAUCGUCGCCGUUGGCGCAUUUACAAACGCCUUUUGGCUGAUGGUUGUGGGAAGAGGCAUUUUUGCGUGA